AUAACGCUCAAAAAAAAGAAAGAAAAAGAAAAAAUUAUUUGCAACUAUUUUUUUUUGCCAAAAGUGAAAUCAAUUUGCUCACCAUCAUCAUUGACAUCGCCAUUGAAUUGUCGUUGAACGAUUGAUUUUUUUUGAUUGAUUGAUUGAAAGACGAAUUAAUUUUUUUUGUUUUUAAAAACCAAACAACAAAACGAAAACGACAAUUUUCCUAUGUCUUUUUGAUGAAUCCUUUGAAUUCUGGUUGAUUUGAUUGAUUCGAGAAAAAAUAAGUCUUUUUGGAUUGUUUUUUUUUCCAAUUUAUCGUUCAAUAACAUAUACCCGACGAUAGAAAAGGUGGUGGUGUGGUUUUUUUUUCGUGAGCAAAUUCUAUCUUAACUGUUUUCGAAUUGUGAUUUUUUUGUUUUAGUUUGCCAAAAAAAAACAUUCGAAAUUCGUUUUUUUUGUUCGUUUGUUCGUUCGUCAAGAAUUUCCUUUGCCGGUGUUUUUUCGAAAAAACAUAAUUUUGACGCACACAUUUUUAAAAUCAUUCCUUUUUAAAUCACAUUUGAUUCUUUUGAAUUUGUAUUUCAUUUUGUGAAAAAAAAAGAAAAGAAAAAUGGCCGAAACUCGUGAUGAUAGUGUAUAUAAGGCAAAAUUGGCCGAACAAGCUGAACGUUAUGAUGAAAUGGUUAAUGCAAUGAAAAAUGUUGCAAUGGUUGAUGGUGAUUUAACCGUUGAAGAACGUAAUCUUUUAUCCGUUGCAUAUAAAAAUGUAAUCGGUGCACGACGUGCUAGUUGGCGUAUAUUAUCAUCUAUUGAACAAAAAGAAGAAAAAAAUAGUGGUGAAUCAAAAUUGGAAUUGAUUAAAAAUUAUCGUUUACAAGUGGAAAAAGAAUUACGUGAAAUUUGUAAUGAUAUAUUGGAAGUAUUAGAAAAACAUUUGAUACCGGCUGCAGCCAAUGGUGAAUCAAAAGUUUUCUAUUAUAAAAUGAAAGGUGAUUAUUUCCGUUAUCUUGCCGAAUUUGCAACCGGUAAUGAUCGUAAAGAUGCAGCAGAAAAUUCAUUGGUUGCAUAUAAAGCUGCAAGUGAAAUUGCUACUACUGAAUUACCACCAACACAUCCAAUACGUUUAGGUUUGGCAUUGAAUUUUUCCGUAUUCUAUUAUGAAAUACUUAAUUCACCUGAACGAGCUUGUCGAUUGGCUAAAACAGCAUUUGAUGAUGCUAUAGCUGAAUUGGAUACAUUAUCUGAAGAUUCAUAUAAAGAUUCAACAUUGAUCAUGCAAUUAUUGCGUGAUAAUCUAACAUUAUGGGCAUCGGAUGUUAGUCAAAAUGGUGAACAAAAAGAAGUUACCGGUUCAAAUGCUGCCGGUGGUGAUAGUGGUGAAAAAGUUGCCGCUACUACUACUAAUAUUGCUUCAACCGAUGAACCAAACGCAUAAUCACAACAAAAAAAA